CACUGCGCAAACGUGGGUACGUUCUGCCGUCUACCGCAUGACGCAUCAAGACACAGCUGGCGCGGGUGUCCACGGCUGCGAAAGUUAGCACUAAUUGUGCGUCGAGGUUGCAGUUCCGAGGCGUUACGUACGUGGCGGCCUCCGACGAGCGAUAAGCCGCCGCGCUCAUUGGCACGACCAUGUCACAGAUCGGCGUCGGCUGGAGUAGCCGGGCGACGAGCAAUUGCGCGGCGGGUGCUGCUCAUUUUCCGAUUUCCUUUGUCUUGCCAAGCAUGACCAGCUUUGCCAACACGCACACAACGAGCUCGCUCGCGGUCCUCACCAACACCCCGCUCCUUCAGCUCGUGUGCGCCUACCAAGACGGUCUCACGCCCGAGCUCUCGAGCGUCUUCCUCACGUACCGCCGGCGCAUGCAGCGUUCGCUUGUGCCGCAGAAGAAACUCAUCCUUGCCACCAAGGAGAUGUUCCGCGGCCAUGUCGCCCUCAAGCUUGUCGAGAAGGGCGACGUCGCGAUGCUCCACGAGCUCGAGCGCCAAAUUCCCACUGGGUAUGCGCGCCCGCCUCGCAACGAGUCGAGUUACCUCUACGGCAUCAACACGGCGGCGGCGCGCGGCCAGCUGACCGUUGUGCGCUUCCUCCAUGAACACGACCUGGCCAAGUGCUCAAAGAAGGCAAUGGACGACGCCGCGUCCAACGGCGACCUCGCCAUGGUCACCUACUUGGACGAGCACCGUGAUGAGGGCUGCAGCCUCGCGGGGUACAUUUUGGCCGAGAAGCACGGCCACCGCGACGUCGUCGAGUACCUCCUCGCCCACCGCCCGCAAGACCAGAACAAGUGCCCGCCCUCGGACCCGCAGUUUGUGUUGCACCCGCUCUUGACGUCGGCCGCCGACGCGCUCGCCAAGGUGCCGGCCUGCGGCGUCCAAUAGCCGAAUAUGGCUUCAAAUACGCUCCUUGCCCUCUCCUGCUGCCACGUAUGAUGAUGUCCCACGCCACUGCCUUUGUCGCACAAGGCCCGACGCUGCCUCUCCACGCAUGUCCAUUCGAUGCAUAUCUAUCUACUAUCGCUAGUCCAUGAUGGCUACGCGUCCAUAUUAACUCAAUCCGACGACCGACCCUUAAGGGCGUCUCCUGA